CACUAUGUCUGUAUCAAUGAAAGAUGUGGAUCCAGCUUUCCAGGGAGCUGGACAAAAGGCGUAUCCUGUUGUGAACAAUAAAAGCUUUGUCAUUAUAAGUUUUGCUGACAUAUGGCGAAUUGAAAAUUUCAAUCCUGUCACAGUCCCAAAAUCCUCACAUGGAAAAUUUUUCACUGGAGAUUCCUAUGUAAUUCUAAAGACCACUGCAUUGAAAAGUGGUGCACUACGCCAUGAUAUUCAUUAUUGGCUAGGUAAAGAUACCAGUCAGCCAUGUAUAAUACCUCAAGAAGGUGGAGUUGCUUCGGGCUUCAAGCAUGUUGAGGCCGAAGAACAUCAGACUCGUUUGUUUGUAUGUAAAGGGAAGCAUGUUAUUCAAGUGAAAGAGGUGCCUUUUGCUCGAUCCUCUCUCAAUCAUGACGACAUCUUUAUUCUCGAUACAACAUCUAAAAUUUUCCAAUUCAAUGGUUCUAAUUCAUCCAUUCAAGAGAGAGCUAAAGCGCUAGAAGUUGUUCAGUACAUUAAAGAUACAUAUCAUGAUGGAAAAUGUGAAAUAGCAGCUAUCGAAGAUGGAAGGCUAAUGGCUGAUGCUGAGACAGGAGAGUUUUGGGGUUUCUUUGGUGGCUUUGCGCCUCUUCCGAGGAAAACAGCCGCUAAUGAACUGAAGAUAACUGAUGCUGGUCCUUCUAAGCUCUUCUGUGUGGAGAAGGGGGAGGCAUUACCAAUUGAGGCAGAUUCUUUGACGAGGGAUUUACUAGACACACAUAAAUGCUUUAUUCUCGACUGUGGUGUGGAAUUAUUUAUUUGGAUGGGCAGAAAUACUUCUCUUAAUCAAAGAAAAGCUGCAAGCAGCGCUGUUGACGAAUUACUGCGUGGUCAAGAUAGAGCCAAAUCGCAUGUAAGCCGUGUGAUUGAGGGGUUUGAGACUGUGACAUUUCGUUCUAAGUUUAAUUCAUGGCCACAAACUGUCAGUGUAACGGUGUCUGAGGAGGGUCGAGGGAAAGUUGCAGCACUUCUAAAGCGCCAAGGCUUAAAUGUGAAGGGUCUUCUCAAAGCUGAAACUCCUAAAGAAGAGACUCAAUUAUACAUAGAUUGCACAGGGGAUUUAAAGGUAUGGCGUGUGAAUGGUCAGCAGAGGACUCUUCUUUCAGGUUUCGAUCAGUCUAAAUUUUACAGUGGUGAUUGCUAUAUCUUUCAAUAUUCUUAUCCCGGAGAAGAUAAAGACGAACAUCUUAUUGGCACGUGGUUCGGGAAGCAUAGUAUUGAGAAACCCAAAAGGAGAACGCCCGUCACACAUACUGGAAGAUCUGCCUUGCCAGAAAAAUCUCAACGUUCUAGAAGCAUGUCCUUUAGCCCUGACCGAGUUCGCGUUAGAGGUCGUUCUCCAGCCUUUAAUGCUUUAGCUGCUAAUUUUGAGAAUCCCAACACAAGAAAUCUGUCAACUCCUCCUCCAAUGGUGAGAAAGGUCUAUCCGAAAUCUUUCACGCCCGAUUCUGCAAAUCUGGCUUCGAAAUCUUCAGCUAUAGCAGCCUUAAGUUCAACUUUUGAACAACCCCCACCUGCUCGCCAACUCAUGAUUCCGCGUUCUCCAUCUCCUAAAGUGAGCCCUGAGAUACCCAGACCAAAAUCUGAGGCAAUAUCUCGGCAAAACUCAGUAGAUACACUGAAGCCGCCAAAGCCUGAGCCAAUACAAGAAGAUGUAAAGGAAAGUGAAGCUGAUGAUGAUGAAGGUCUCCCUGUAUACCCGUAUGAUCGUCUUAAAACGACGUCUUCUGAUCCAGUUUCAGAUAUUGAUGUCACUAAGCGAGAGACUUAUUUGUCCUCGGCCGAAUUCAAGGAGAAAUUCGGGAUGACAAAGGAAACUUUCUACAAGUUGCCCAAAUGGAAACAGAACAAGCUCAAAAUGUCGCUUCAGUUAUUCUGAAAAUUGUUGCAACACAGUUCAAUUUAUCUAAAGCAUCCCAAAACUCAAGUUUGCAGACAGAGACAAAAAAGGUUGACUUGCACAUCUGUACGUGUCUUUCUCUUUGUAUAUUUGCCAAUGCAAAGGCGCAUUAUAUUAGCGGCAUACAGAAACAAAAUCUCUGAAGUGUGUGGGGCCAACACCAGCCCGUUUUUAUUAGCUGCUUUUGCUCCCAGGAUAUGCUUCUUUAUAUACACAUUCGGAUAAUUUUGCACCAAACCAAAUCGGUUUAAUGCGUUUUUAUUAGUUUGGCCGGCGAGCCAAAUGCCAGUAAUUGCACUCUGCAGAAAGGCUUCUUGAGUGCAUAGCAAUU